UGUUUUCUUUUCAGCGCACAUGCGCAGAAGCCCGCUGACCUUUUGGCCGGGAGCGCGUCUGCCUUUGACAAUGGCGGUUCGCGGCGUGGGGCUGCUCACCCGUUCGCCCCUCUGUGCCCAGACGAGAACGCGAAUCCGGUGUCCUACUUUCCCACGCCUGCGCUGUGCAGGGACUGUAGCCGCGGAGCUGAGGAGAGACGAGCAGCCUUCCGGGAGCGUGGAGACAGGUGAUGGCGCCGCGUCCCGGGGCUGUGGUGCAGCCCCGGCCCCGGGAUCUAAAGACAAACCUUCAAAAAAGACUUUCUCUGAGGUGCAAGAAGAAAGACGAGAACAGGCACAGCGGAGUGUUUUAAUACACUGCCCAAAUACAGUCAGUGAGAAGAAGUUUCUCAAGUAUUUAUCCCAGCACGGACCUAUUCAUACUCAUUUCUUCUAUGAGAGCUUUGGUUUCUAUGCGGUUGUAGAAUUUUGCCAAAAGGACAGUGUAGAUUCCCUCCUGAAUAGGACUCAGACUCCAGCCACGGGCACGGAGGCCGCCAUUCCGUUCAGAUCACGCUUCCUCUAUUUAAAGCCGAAGGGCCCGUCCAGCCACGCUGCCAAGCAGUCACUUGCACGGUCAAGUAAUCACCUGCCUCCUUCGAAGAGGAAGCUUUUUGAAUUACUGUGUUCUGCAGAAAGUGUAGAUGAUCAGCUGAAUACGCUCUUGAAGGAAUUCCAGCUAACGGAAGAGAACACCAGGCUCCGUUACCUCACUUGCUCUCUCAUUGAGGACAUAGCAGCUGCCUAUUUUCCAGAAUGCACAAUCAGACCCUUCGGCUCCUCUGUGAACACUUUCGGGAAGUUGGGAUGUGAUCUGGACAUGUUUUUGGAUCUAGAUGAAACCAGGAGGCUCAGCACUCAAAAGAGCAGAGGAAAUUUUUUGAUGGAAUUUCAAGUGAAAAAUGUUCCUUCAGAAAGAAUUGCGACUCAGAAAAUCCUGUCUGUGCUGGGAGAGUUCCUUGACCACGUUGGCCCUGGUUGUGUGGGUGUCCAAAAAAUUCUCAACGCCCGGUGUCCACUUGUGAGGUUCUCCCACCAGGCCUCUGGAUUUCAGUGCGACUUGACUACUAACAAUAGGAUUGCCUUGAAGAGCUCUGAGCUCCUCUAUAUCUACGGAACCCUGGACACACGAGUGAGAGCCCUGGUGUGCAGUGUCCGAUGCUGGGCCCGAGCGCUUUCUCUGACGAGUAGCAUUCCUGGUGCUUGGAUCACAAAUUUCUCCCUGACGAUGAUGGUCAUCUUCUUUCUCCAGCAGAGAUCGCCUCCUAUUCUCCCAACGCUGGAUACCCUCAGGGCCUCAGCAGAUGAAGAAGAUAAAUGCAUAAUAGAAGGCAACAACUGUACACUUGUUCGUGAUUUGAAUAAAAUUAAACCUUCAGAAAACACAGAAACACUAGAAUUACUUUUGAAGGAAUUUUUUGAAUAUUUUGGCAAUUUCGCUUUCAACAAGAAUUCCAUAAAUAUUCGACAGGGACGAGAACAAAACAAACCUGAUUCGUCUCCUCUGCACAUUCAGAAUCCUUUUGAAACUUCUCUCAACGUAAGCAAAAAUGUAAAUCAAAGCCAGCUACAAAGAUUUGUAGACUUGGCCAGAGAAAGUGCCUGGUUUUUACAACAGGAAGAUGGAGAUCGACCCUCCCCAUCAAGCAGGCAGCCUUGGGGGCUGGCUGCCCUGCUGCUGCAGACUGUAGCACCGAGUAAGAGGGUACAGAAGAAGCUUCCAAGUGAAAGAAUUAAAAGCCUGUUAGAGUCCGUGAAAAGCAACAGUACACAAAGUUCCACAAACACCAGUGGGAAACAAGCACUUAGUACUCAGCCGUAAUGGCUGCUGUUUUGUGUUAAGAACUGGUUUUAUCCUGUAAAACGGCCUCUGCAGCACCUAAAGUUGGUGUCUCCAGACUUCUUCAGACCUUGGGUAUCAUCUGAUGCGACUUUUCAUGAUCUUGUCAUUGCCCACCCCCUCUCCCAACUCUGACCUGAAGUUCUGCAACAUUUUUUAGUCUGACCAGUCUGGCACAUGGGUGGCAUUUUAUUAAACAUAAGUCAUAAGGAUGGGAUGAAAGAAGAUUGGAGUGAACUGUAAAUGAGCUACACAAAGUGAGCGGUGAAAGUCCGUUUCAGAAUUAAACCACUGUUGAUGUCCACAUCAGACCCAGGUUGGAAAACAUUUAAGACGACUUCUAGUUAUGUACAUAUUAAGAUAAAUACAAAAAAGCUUGAAAACUUGGUAGUACUCUUUAAAAAGACUUCUAGUUAUGUACAUAUGAAGAUAAAUACAAUAAAGCUUCAAAAUUUGAUAGUA